AUGCCUUCGGUGCACGAAGCCUCCAACGGCGCUGCUCCUGGCUCCUCCACGAACCCUGUCAUUGAGCGAGACCAGUCGCAAUGGCUCUUCACAACCUCAGAACUUCUUCGAACUCCCUCAGUUCUCGAUGGGAUGCCAGCGGCCCAGGAACUCGCCAACCGACAGAAAGGCGUCAACUUCAUUACACAAGUCGGCAUCAUGCUCAAGCUCCCGCAACUCACACUCGCGACGGCGUCAGUCUACCUACACCGCCUUUUCAUGCGGCAGAAGAUGCAAACAGAGAAGUCCCCCGGCUUGCACCAUUAUUCCGCCGCUGCGACAGCCCUGUUCCUCGCUACAAAGGUCGAAGAGAAUUGCCGCAAGAUGCGAGAAUUGGUCGUUGCCUGCUGCCGAGUGGCGCAGAAACAGCCCAAUUUGGUAGUCGAUGAGCAAAACAAAGAGUACUGGAAAUGGCGUGAUACGAUUCUACACAACGAGGACGUCCUGCUUGAAGCGCUCUGUUUCGACCUCCAGCUGGAUCAGCCAUAUCGAAUUCUGUUCGAAUUCCUCCAAUACUACGCCAUACAAGACAAUAAGAACUUACGAAAUACGUCAUGGGCCUUUCUGAACGAUUCCCAUGUGACGACUAUGUGCCUGCUGCACUCACCCCGCACUAUCGCCGGCGCAGCCCUCUACACCGGCGUUCGCCUCGCCAACAUCACACUCCCUGACGAUGACCGCGGUCGCCCUUGGUGGGAGCAUCUAGAACUCGAUGUUUUCGAAAUUCAACGUGCGUGCAACCAGAUGUUCGAGAUCUACGAAACUGCCGACUCGACUGUGCCACGCGUCGGCACCAAAAAUACCUAUACAAGGGAAGAUGACAUGACAUUUCUUGAUAACACUCGAUCUCCCGCACCUGGCAUGUCGCCUGCUCGCAGCAUGCGUAGCGUGAGCCAGUUGUCCGGUACGAAGCGUGACCGAGACGAUGUUGAAGGCAGUCAGUCUGAAGAGUGGGGCGCACCGUCACGUAGUCAGCUGGUAGACCAAGCUGCUCCCUCACCAAAGCGUGCGCGUCGUGACACCCCAGAAGUCGAGCAGCCAGCACCAUCGCCCCGUGUACCCCCUGCCACCAACCCAUCCUCAGCACCGCCGAGCAACGGUCCUGUAGAUGACGUCCAGCAGCGUAUCGACGAUAUCGUCAAGGCUUCUUCGCGUCACAACAGCAACACUAGCGUACCCACACUGACACGACGUCCCUCGGGUCAACAAGCCUGGCAAGGGGAUGCACGGGCUCCGGAGCCAGCAAGGCCAAGGGUAGACUCGGGUGCAAACGGGGGGGGGUUCGAGCGGCGGCCACCGUCUGUCGAUGACGGGGCUAAGGAUCGCGGCUAUGAUCGACAGAGGCCGAACGUCACAGAACCGCGUCCGCCACCUCCACCGCCGCCGGCAGAUGAGAUUGACUACGGGAGUGAGGAAGGAGAGGUCUAG